AUGAAAAUAGGAACAAAAGCUGAGCUCAUUUUGCACGGGGGCGAAUGUUUUAGCGGAGUUUCAUUUGGUUAUGAAGAAAGCGUUGCGGGAGAGGUUGUUUUUACCACAGGAAUGGUUGGUUAUCCUGAAAGUCUUACGGACCCUUCGUAUCACGGUCAGAUAUUAGUGCUUACCGCACCCAUGGUCGGAAAUUAUGGAAUCCCUCCACUGGAGACGGAUCCUUUUGGAGUAACAAAAUACUUCGAGAGCAUGAAUGGGGAGAUUCGUGUGAGUGCGCUCGUCGUUUGCGAAUGUUGUGAAGAACCUUCGCAUUGGCAGAUGUAUGAGACACUUGGUGCAUGGCUAAAGCGAAAUAAGGUACCAGGAAUCAUGAUGGUGGACACUCGCAGUGUUGUACUGAGACUUCGGGAAAUGGGUACAGCUCUGGGAAAGGUUGUUAUCAACGGCGCUGAUGUGCCUUUUGUGGAUCCUAAUACACGCAACUUGGUAGAAGAAGUGAGCACAAUAGCCCCUCAGUCCUAUGGGCAUGGUACAUUGAGGAUCCUCGUUAUUGAUAUGGGUGUAAAAUUAAAUUCGUUGAGGUGCUUACUGCGGUAUGAUGUCACACUUACUGUUGUGCCACAUGAUUGGGAUAUAACGAAGGAAACAUAUGAUGGUUUAUUCAUUUCUAACGGGCCAGGUAAUCCUCAACUGUGUACCAAAACGAUUGAAAAUGUGCGAUGGGCUCUCACUCAAGAAAAACCGAUAUUCGGUGUUUGCAUGGGUAAUCACAUGUUGGCCCUCGCAGCAGGAGGAACGACGUACAAGAUGAAGUUUGGUCACCGAGGUCAGAACCAGCCAUCGACAUCCAAUCAAGAUGGACGUGUAGUAAUUACAACGCAAAAUCACGGGUUUGCCGUAGAUUUCAAAUCGUUGCCGCAGGGUGAUUGGGAAGAGUACUUCUUUAACCCCAAUGAUCAAUGUAAUGAAGGGUUACGGCACCGCACGAAGCCCUUUUCAUCAGUUCAGUUUCACCCUGAGGGUUGCUGUGGUCCACAGGACACCGAGUACCUUUUCGGAGAGUUUAUUGACCAGGUGAAGCGUUCAAAAACGAAGUUGGCAGCACAGUUUAAACCCCGCAAGGUUUUGGUAUUGGGUGCUGGCGGCAUUGUUAUUGCCCAAGCUGGCGAAUUCGACUACAGCGGCUCCCAGUGCUUAAAGGCUCUGAGAGAGGAAGGUGUGAAGUCUAUAUUGGUUAAUCCCAACAUUGCCACUGUGCAGACAGAUGAUGAAAUGGCUGACCAAGUGUAUUUUGUACCCGUCACUCCUGAAGCUGUGGAACGAGUGAUUGAGAAGGAGCGUCCAGAUGGUAUUAUGCUCGGAUGGGGCGGGCAAACAGCACUCAACUGUGGGUUGCAGUUGGACAAACUUGGUGUCCUCAAAAAGUACAAUGUGCAGGUUCUUGGAACAGCUAUAUCUACAAUCACUGUGACCGAGGAUAGGGAGCUCUUCCGCAACGCGCUUUUGCAGAUAAAUGAGCCUGUGGCAAAGUCCGUAGCAGUGACCAGUGUGGCGGAGGCAUUAAAAGCAGCGGCAGACAUCGGAUUUCCAAUGAUGGUGCGAGCGGCUUUUUGCCUCGGUGGUCAAGGUAGCGGCAUUGUAAAUAGUGAAGAGGAACUGAGUAAUAAAGUUGAGGUUGCCCUUACUGUGGCACCUCAAGUCUUACUUGAGGAAAGCGUUGCUGGUUGGAAGGAGAUCGAGUACGAAAUUGUCCGUGAUAUCCAUGAUAAUUGCAUUACGGUGUGCAACAUGGAGAAUUUUGACCCCAUGGGCGUCCACACAGGGGAGUCCAUUGUUGUGGCCCCGUCUCAAACUUUGACAAACGAGGAAUAUCACAUGUUGCGUACCGCAGCGAUCAAAAUCAUCCGUCACCUUGGCGUGGUGGGCGAGUGCAACAUUCAAUACGGUUUGGAACCCCACUCGCGUCGUUACGUUGUUAUUGAGGUAAACGCCCGCCUCUCACGUUCCUCCGCACUUGCGUCUAAGGCCACGGGUUAUCCACUCGCACACGUUGCAACCAAAAUAGCCCUUGGUAAGGGUCUGUUUGAAAUUAAGAAUGGUGUUACAAAAACAACGAUGGCUUGCUUUGAACCCAGUCUUGAUUACGUCACCGUCAAGGCUCCCCGUUGGGAUGUGGCAAAGUUCAAUAUGGUGAGUCAAGAGAUCGGGUCCAUGAUGAAGAGUGUUGGUGAAGUAAUGGCCAUCGGUCGUACAUUUGAGGAGGCCGUGCAGAAGGCACUGCGAAUGGUGGAUCCAUCGAAUAACGGCUUUGACACUCCCAAAAGACUUGCUGAAAUGGGUGACAAGUGGGACUACAUGCGGGCGCUGCGCGUUCCUACGCCAGAUCGCAUCUUUGCGAUUUGCCGUGCCUUGAAGGAAGGCAUCACAGUGGAUGAAAUACAUCGGUUAACUCGCAUCGACAAAUUUUUCCUCAACAAGUUACAACUCCUGAUCGAGAUGCAGAGGGAACUGACCACGCUAUACAGGGGUAAACUGGACACAAUCACAUAUGACCACCUCCUUGCUAUGAAAGCGCACGGUUUCAGCGACGUUCAGAUUGCUGAGUACCUCCAGUGCACAACUGACGAUGUACGGAAACGGCGCUACAAGUUGAACAUUACCCCCAAGGUGAAGCAAAUCGAUACAGUCGCUGGCGAAUACCCCGCCGCGCAGUGUUGCUAUUUAUACACCACCUACAACGCACAACACGAUGAUGUCGAAUUCAACGAUCGUAUGUACGCCGUGCUUGGUUGUGGUGUGUACCGGAUUGGCAGCAGCGUGGAGUUUGACUACGGUGGUGUCUUAGUCGCUCGUGAGCUCCGUCGACUCGGUAACAAAGUGAUUUUGAUUAAUUAUAACCCCGAAACAGUGUCCACAGAUUAUGAUGAAUGUGACCGCCUGUACUUUGAAGAGGUGUCAGAGGAGACAGUGCUUGACAUCCUGCUCAAAGAAAAGAUUAGCGGUGUUAUCAUAUCGCUGGGUGGACAAAUUGUCCAAAAUAUGGCCCUUCGAUUGAAAGAGCAUGGGCUGCCGAUCCUUGGGACAGAUCCUGUAAACGUUGAUAAGGCAGAAGAUCGCAACAAAUUCUCGAAGAUGUGCGAUCAACUGGGUGUACCGCAGCCCGAAUGGAUUUUGUCAACAAGUGUUCAAGAUGUUCACGCGUUCUGCCAGCGCGUCGGUUUCCCGACACUUGUGCGACCAAGCUAUGUGUUGAGCGGCUCUGCUAUGGCUGUCAUAUCGUCUCCGGAAGAUAUUGACCGCUACCUCACUAAGGCUUCGUUGGUUUCUGGUACUCAUCCUGUUGUGGUGAGCAAGUACUACGAAGGUGCAAUGGAAUACGACGUUGAUAUCGUUGCCCAUCACGGCCGUGUGCUCUGUUACGCGAUUUGCGAGCAUUUGGAAAAUGCUGGUGUACACUCAGGAGAUGCCACGAUGUUCCUUCCUCCACAGCACACCAAAAAGGAGGUCAUGAAACGCAUAUACGAAGCAGCCACACAAAUUGCCGGAGAGUUGGAUGUUGUCGGACCCAUGAACGUUCAGUUCUUGCUCACUAAGGACGAGCAGCUGCGCGUGAUUGAGGCGAACAUCCGCAGCUCACGUUCCGUGCCGUUUGUUUCCAAGACGCUUGGCAUAUCGUUCCCGGCCGUCAUGGUUUCCGCGCUUCUAUCGCGUCCCGACUCCGAGCUUGUGCCAAUCCGUCGUGCUAAGAUGACUCACAUUGGUUGUAAGGCUCCUAUGUUCUCAUUCAACCGACUCGCUGGCGCUGACCCUAUCCUCGGUGUGGAGAUGGCAUCCACGGGUGAAAUUGGCGUAUUUGGCUGUGACAAACGCGAGGUGUUUCGUAAAGCAAUGCUUUGCCAGAAUUUCCGGUACCCGACAAAAGGUGUUUUUAUCAGCUCUGAUGUGGACGCAGUCACUGAGGAGCUCCUCCCCCACCUCGAGAAGAUUUCAAAGACGUUACCACUUUUUGCAUCAACACACACCGGUGCUGUGCUCACCAAGCACGGCAUUCCGCACACUGUCUUAACUCAAAGGCAUGAGGAUGGUGACAAUCCCACAUACGAGGUGGAGCUCGCGGCGAGGCGAUUUGACCUCGUUAUUCAGCUACGAAAUAAAAGGAAAGAUUUCAUUCUGCGAAGCUGCACGCGGGAAAAUGCACCACCAGACUACUGGGUCCGCCGCCUUGCUGUUGACUACAACGUAGCACUCCUUACCGAGCCCAACGUUGUGAAGAUGUUCUGCGAAACCCUUGACAUCAUUGGUGAUAUCGAGAUCGAACCAUUCCGCUACUACGUACCUCGCGUAUAUCACAAAAUAGAGAGCAAUAACUGCACUAUGCUGCGCCACCACAAGGUUGGUCUCUGUAUUAAUCCUACGAUGGAUAGCAAGGUCCUCGCCAUACGUAUGCGCGAAGAGAAAAUCGAUCUCACAUGCUUCCACGCGUCUCUCGGUGGAUCGGUCACGAGCAGCGAGGCCUUUGCUGAGGAGUUCCGGUCACUUAAGGUUCCCGUGGAAGUUGUAGAUCUCCGUAACGAAAUGGCAGAACUCGCCUUCGAUAUGGUGAUGGCUCUCAUCGCAGAAGAAGAUAACAGGUGGCACUUGCCGGCGCUGGCUGAACACGUCAUUGGCGUGCACCUCCUCACUGCGAUGCAGGAGCGCGGUGUUACUGUUGUUGCACAGUGCUCAUCACAAGGGAGGAAGGGAAUGAAUUUUGAACGUUAUGCCCGCAUGCUUCAGCCGAAGAUGGGUGUUUAUAGCCCGUGGCGAGACCAACGUAUGCUAAGUGAUUUCCCUACAGAGGCUGAAAAAAUCAAUUUUCUUGAAAAACAUGAGGUAAAGGUUCAAUCAGCAGCGAUGGAGACACACAGUAGUAUCUGUGGCAUUACAUGUGGAUUGGGCGGCGAAGUCGCCACGCCUACACCACGGAUGGUUCUCCCUGUGUCUAAAUGUCCCGCCACACCCGAGUUUUGCUCUAUUGCAUUCCGUGCGGCACGCUGCGUCCGCAUCAACGACGUCGAUGUCACACCGGUUCAGGCCCUGCAGCUGGCGAACGAAAUUGCCGGCCGCAAUGGUGUCGGUCUUGAACACACUCAAAACAAUGAGAUGUGCGAGGCGCCAGGUAUGACACUACUUUCCAAAGCUCUGCACUUUAUCUAUGACGUGUGUUUCGAUCGCGGUAACACUGAUGCCUUCCGUAUGUACUCCCGGCAUGUGUCAUCCAUGCUUUCCUCACGCGGUUUCGUUGAGCGCCAAACACUAUCUUCAUUGGAGGCUAUCCGUCAUUUAACAGCGGAUGUGGACGGUGUGGUGGAUGUGGAAGUGAACCGAGGUGAAGUGAUAUUCCUAAAGGUAUCGCACGUCUCACGGCCCGUAAAGCUUCGACUAACCAAAAUCAUGACUGACGAAGAGCUCGAGGAGGUGUUCCAACCCGGUGACGGCACGUUCGGUGAUGUACAAUGGUAG